UUUAUGUGAUCAGCUGGAUUUAAAUUUUAUUGCAUUUAAAAAAUGGCGAACUUGCGGUCGCUAUGGUCAGCGGUACCGAAAUUUAAUUUUUUUGGAGUACAUACUAAUGCACUCCAAGUAAGAUGUCAGUCAAAUUCAUCGGUAUUUCCAGCUACCAAGUAUUCAUAUCCAUCUCCAGUUCCUAAGCUAGGUCAGCCAGAAGGCCCAGCAGGAAUUUAUGAUAAUGAUAAAUGGGUGAAUGCAUGGAUGAAAAGAGAUGUAAAGAGACGUCGUGCUAAUAGAGACUACGCUGAAUUACGUGUUCGUUUGAUGGCACUCAAAAGAUGUACUAUUUUACCCAAAGAAAUUAGAGCGAUCGCCGACAAGCAAAUGCUAACCGAAGUGCCAAGAAUAUCUUCAGUACAUCAAUUAACCCAUAGAUGCGUUUUGACAUCUCGUUCCCAUGGUGUCAUUUAUCCUUGGAGACUCUCAAGAUUCGUGUUUAGGCAUAUGGCUGAUUAUAAUAAGAUCGCUGGUAUACAGCGAGCUAUGUGGUAGAUUUGAUAAUUAUUUAUACAAUAAAAAAAAUACAUAGAUGUCA